UGCUUCUGUAUUGGUUCGAAGAGCCCAAAAGGUUGACAUUCCAAUGUUAGUAACAAGAAAACUACUAAAAGUUGCAAUGAAGCACAUAGAAAUUAUAUCGAAAGCAAGACAGCGAGUGAAGAAUGCAGAAUAUUUGCAGCAGGCUGCAUUAGAGGAAUAUGGCCCUGAUCUGCAUGUGGCCCUGAGAAGUCGAAAAGAUGAGUUGCAGUACCUUCGACAGUUAACAGAGCUGCUGUUCCCAUACAUUCUGCCUCCUAAAGGAACUGAUUGCAGAUCUUUGACUUUGCUUAUAAGAGAGAUUCUUGCUGGUUCUGUGUUUUUGCCAUCUAUGGACUUCUUAGCAGAUCCGGACACAGUGAAUCACUUGCUUCUUAUCUUCAUUGAUGACACACCUCCUGAACGGGCCACAGAACCACCCUCUCCAUUGGUUCCAUUCCUGCAAAAGUUUGCUGAUAUGAGGAAUAAGAAGCCAUCUGUAUUGAAAUUGGAACUUAAGGAAAUCCGUGAUCAGCAGGAUUUGCUGUUCCGUUUCAUGAACUUCUUGAAGCAAGAAGGGGCAGUACAUGUUUUACAGUUCUGUCUUUCUGUGGAGGAGUUCAAUGACAAAAUUCUGAGACCAGAGCUGACAGAUGACGAAAUGAUGGCACUUCAUGGUGAAGUGAAGAAGCUGUAUGAGACUUAUUGCUUGGAGGAGAGUGUUGACAAAAUCCGGUUUGAUCCAUUUAUAGUUGAAGAAAUACAGAGGAUUGCCACUGGUCCAUAUAAAGACGUUGUCAAACUGCAGACAAUGCGUUGCCUUUUUGAAGCUUAUGAACAUGUUCUUUCUCUGUUAGAGAAUGUUUUUACUCCCAUGUUUUGCCAUAGUGAUGAGUAUUUUAGACAGCUGCUGAGAGGAGCAGAGUCCCCUGCACGCAACUCAAGACUUAGCAGAAGUAGCAUCAGUUUGGAUGAUUUCAGGAGCACUCAAAAACGGGGAGAGUCAUUUGGAAUCAGCCGCAUAGGCAGCAAAAUAAAAGGAGUUUUUAAAAGUACCACCAUGGAAGGGGCUAUGUUGCCUACACAAGGGUUAACUGAAGGAGAUGACGAUGUUGUUGAAGAAGCACUUAUAGUGAUGGAAGAUGAUUCACCUGUACUUGAAACCGCUACAACUCCCAGCACACCACGAAAUCUCUCAGCCUGGAAGAUCAAUAUUCCUUACGUGGAUCUCUUUGAGAUUAAGAAAGAAAAAGUUCCAGUGUUCUGCAUUGAUGUGGAGCGAAAUGAUCGUGCAGUAGUGGGGCAUGAACCAGAGCGUUGGUCUGUGCAUAGAAGAUACCUAGAAUUUUACGUCCUGGAGUCAAAACUGACAGAAUUUCAUGGUACAUUUUCAGAUGCUCAGCUUCCGUCAAAGAGACUCAUUGGACCAAAGAAUUAUGAAUUUAUAAAUUCAAAACGGGAGGAGUUCCAGGAAUACCUUCAGAGACUUGUUCAGCAUCCAGAGUUGAGUAGCAGUCAGCUGCUAGCCGAUUUCCUAUCCCCAAACAGUGGAGAAACUCAGUUUCUUGACAAGAUGUUGCCAGAUGUCAAUCUUGGCAAAAUGAUAAAGGCUGUUCCUAGCAAACUAAUAAAAGAGAAAGGCCAGCAUCUGGAACCCUUUAUCCUGAGCUUUAUCAACUCUUGUGAGUCGCCAAAACCCAAACCUAGCAGGCCUGAACUGACCAUCCUCAGUCCCACUUCAGAAAACAAUAAAAAGCUUUACAAUGAACUUUUUAAGAACAAUGCAAACCGCUCAGAAAGUGCAGAAAGAAAACAUAUUCAGAACUACUUCAUGGAAAUGAUGACAGUUGAGGGAGUCUAUGAUUACCUCCUGUAUAUAGGUCGAGUUGUUUUUCACAUUCCUGACUGGCUUCAUCAUGUUUUAAUUGGAGGAAGAAUUCUUUUUAAGAAUACAUUGGAGGUUUAUACAGACUACUAUCUGCAGUAUAAACUAAACCAGCUCCUUCAGGAACACCGCCUAGUUUCACUCAUAACACUACUGAGAGAUGCUGUGUUUUGUGAGAACACUGAACCUCGUUCUUGGCAUGAUAAGCAAAAAAGAGCAAAGAAGACUUUUGAAGAAAUGAUGAACUACAUUCCAGACUUUGUAACAAAAUGCAUUGGAGAUGAAGCGAAGUAUGAAGGUAUCCAGUUACUUUUUGAUGGACUGCAGCAACCAGUACUCAACAAACAGUUGACAUACGUUCUUUUGGACAUUGUAAUACAGGAUCUCUUUCCUGAACUAAGUAAGGUGCAAAAGGAAGGAACCCUGUCACCCCCUUGGUUGUAAAAGACCACAGAGGACCAGGAUAAUUUACUGACUACUGCUGAUACUUGUUACAUGUUGUAUAUAGACCAAACAGUGUUCAAUGUCUUUGAUUAUAGUGUAUAUAUUGGUUUGUGAAUAAUCCAUAUUUGAAAAUGAACCAAGUAAUCGAUUGUGUAAAUAAAGCUGAGGUGAUCUUA